CUGGACCUGGGCACCGCCGGCUGCUUGGGCACGGGACUGGGCGGGGGCACUGACCUCGGCCUAGAAGGCCUGGGAUCCAGUAGCCAUUCGCACCCGCAGGUGCCUGCUAGUCGCACGCCCUCCCCAAACCCUUGCUGCUCGCCGCUCCUCGUGCCCCCCUCCUUCGUUCCCUCCUCUCCUUCCUCACCCGUGCCCGCGAGAGAACCCGCCCGCCCGCCCCCUCCUGCAGGGGUGUAGCCGCCUGCGGAGCUGACAUCGGCCCCGCAGCAACCUUGCCCAAACUCUCCGGAAGCGGCCGGAGUAGACAGGGUGCUCAGGCCGCCAAAGCCCCGGCAGACCCACGGUUAGACCAGAGGCGCGGGCCCUGCUCCAGGUCCAAACUUGGAGUGCUUGACCUUUGGCUGUCGGAGGAGGCAAGCCCGCGGGUGGUUGGACAGCUGCAGCGCCGCGAGGGCAUCUUGCCCGGGGUUCCAGGACCGUCGGCUGCACUCCGGGCUCCUGGCUUUUCCUCUGGGAUCCCGAGGUGUCCACAUCAGGCGCAUGUUGACCGAGACUUGGAGUCAUGGAUGUGUGCGCCGGCCUUGCCCUGUGGCUCCUCUGGGGUCUUCUCCUGCAUCAGGGCCAGAGCCUCAGCCAUAGUCACAGCGAGAAGGCAACAGGAGCGGGCUCAGGGGCCGGUUUUGAGGAGUCCACCGUAGCAGAGUUUUGCCGGAUUGACAAGCCCCUGUGCGACAGUGAGGAUGAGAAGCUCAGCUUUGAGGCCGUCCGCAGCAUCCACAAGCUGAUGGACGAUGAUGCCAAUGGUGAUGUGGAUGUGGAAGAAAGUGAUGAGUUCUUGAGAGAAGAUCUCAAUUACCAUGACCCAACCGUGAAACACAGCACGUUCCAUGGUGAGGAUAAGCUCAUCAGUGUGGAGGACCUCUGGAAGGCAUGGAAGUCCUCAGAAGUGUAUAACUGGACCGUGGAAGAGGUGGUGCAGUGGUUGAUUACGUAUGUGGAGCUGCCUCAGUAUGAGGAGACCUUCCGGAAGCUGCAGCUUGGGGGCCAUGCCAUGCCAAGGCUAGCUGUAACCAAUACCACCAUGACAGGGACUGUUCUGAAGAUGACAGACCGGAGCCAUCGGCAGAAGCUUCAGCUGAAGGCCCUGGACACAGUGCUUUUUGGGCCUCCUCUCUUGACACGCCACAAUCACCUCAAAGACUUCAUGCUAGUGGUGUCUAUCGUUAUUGGUGUGGGCGGCUGCUGGUUUGCCUAUAUCCAGAACCGUUACUCCAAGGAGCACAUGAAGAAGAUGAUGAAGGAUCUGGAGGGGUUACACCGAGCUGAGCAGAGUCUGCAUGACCUUCAGGAAAGGCUGCACAAGGCCCAGGAAGAACACCGCACAGUAGAGGUGGAGAAGGUACAUCUGGAGAAGAAGCUGCGUGAUGAGAUCAACCUUGCCAAGCAGGAAGCCCAGCGGCUGAAGGAGCUGCGGGAAGGCACUGAGAAUGAACGGAGCCGCCAAAAAUAUGCUGAGGAGGAGUUGGAGCAGGUUCGGGAGGCCUUGAGGAAGGCGGAGAAGGAGCUGGAGUCUCACAGCUCAUGGUACGCUCCCGAAGCCCUCCAGAAGUGGCUGCAGCUGACACACGAGGUGGAGGUGCAGUACUACAACAUUAAGAAGCAAAAUGCCGAGAAGCAGCUCCUGGUGGCCAAGGAGGGGGCUGAGAAGAUAAAAAAGAAGAGGAACACGCUUUUUGGCACCUUCCACGUGGCCCACAGCUCUUCCCUGGAUGAUGUGGAUCACAAAAUCCUAACUGCUAAGCAAGCAUUGAGUGAGGUGACGGCAGCAUUGCGGGAGCGACUGCACCGCUGGCAACAGAUUGAGAUCCUCUGUGGCUUCCAGAUUGUCAAUAACCCUGGCAUCCACUCGCUGGUGGCUGCCCUCAACAUAGACCCCAGCUGGAUGGGCAGCACCCGCCCCAACCCUGCCCACUUCAUUAUGACUGAUGACGUGGAUGAUAUGGAUGAAGAGAUUGUGUCACCCUUGUCCAUGCAGUCCCCCAGCCUGCAGAGCAGUGUCCGGCAGCGCCUGACGGAACCACAGCAUGGCCUAGGAUCUCAGAGAGGAUCAUCUCUAAAGGCAAACAGGCUCUCUAGUAAGGGAUUUGACCCAUUCCGAUUCGGAGUCCUCCCUCCAUAUGAGUGACCGCCAGCGGAUGGCCCCCAAGCCUCCUCAGAUGGUCCGUGCUGCAGAUGAGGCUAUUAAUGCCAUGACUUCCAAUGGAAGCCACCGGCUGAUUGAGGGGGUCCACCCAGGGUCCCUAGUGGAGAAACUGCCUGACAGCCCUGCCCUGGCCAAGAAGGCACCACUGGCGCUGAACCAUGGGCUGGAUAAGGCCCAUAGCCUAAUGGAGCUGAGCCUCUCAGCCCCACUUAGUGGCUCUCCACUUUUGGAUUCUUCCCGUUCUCACAGCCCCAGUUUCCUAGACCCAGACACACCAUGCCCAGUCGGGGACAGCCGAGUCCUGCAGGCUGGUCGAAAUACACGUAUUCCCCACCUAGCUGGCAAGAAGGCUGUAGCUGAGGAGGAUAAUGGCUCCAUUGGUGAGGAGACAGACUCCAGCCCAGGCCGGAAGAAGUUUCCCCUCAAAAUCUUUAAGAAGCCUCUUAAGAAGUAGGCAGGAUUGGGGUGGUAGUGGUGGGACAGCUUGUCCUUUUCUGGGUCUUCUGCCUCCCCAUUCUCCACCCCCAACAUACCUGGGCCCUAGAGUGGGGCAUGGGAGGGGCUGGCCCAGUGGCUGGGCACUGUACAUACCCACUCCCCUUGACCUUGGGUCCUUCAACAUUAUUUAUUAACUGACCAUCAUGGCCUGCCUGCCCUCUCUUCCUCCCAACCAUGAGCUGCUUCUGUCACUCCCUCUCCACUUCAGUGCAUGUCUUAGUUGCUCCUCCCUCCCUGCCCCCUCAGCUCUCAGCUCCACCUCUGGGGUCCAGCUUCUGCCUCUGCUAUCCCAGUUUUGUGGUUUGGUUUCUUGUUUCUGUCUUCUGCUUUCAGGCUCCUUGUUUCCUCCACUCUCCGACUUCCCCUAGCAGCUUCAGGGAAGAUAGGUAGAGUAACUUCUGACACCUGUGUCUCAGAUCAGUCCCACCUUACCCACGAUGGUUCUUUGUGCCCUAGACAGGGGCCUAGGGCCUAAUUUUUGGACAUUGUUCUUUGGGAGUGUAGUAGGCCUAAAGGAGGAUGCUCAGCCUGGAGCUCGCUUAGGUCUCCAGAGGUCCAUGGGGAAGUGAAGCCAACUCCCAGGGAACAAGCCACCAGAGACUUCUGAAGAGAGGCCAGGCUCAGGGAUGGAUAGGGAGAGACCUUUCUUAGUUGGAGGAUGAGUGGAGCCAGAGCUGUGUGCUGUAAGCAGUCACCUUUCUUCUCCCACCCAUACUUGCCACCCUCUUCCCCCUGCUUACCCACACUGCAGGAGGGUUUGUCUCUAAGAGGUGCUGCUCCAAUGCUCCCCAAGCGUCAGUUCUUCUGGGGCUCAGGACAAUUGGCUCCCUGGCCAUGUUAGCCACAGCCAUGUUACAGGGCUCCAAUGGGGCCCUGUACCUGUUGGGCACUGAUGCUGUUGCAUUUGAACCAAAUACAAAACAGUUUAAAAGUGAAAAAAGAAAUCUCCUGAAUUUCCCAAGUGCCUGCAUCGCAUACUCCCCGUGUCAGAUCCUAUUUUCAUGUUACUGUAUAGCCUGGGCCAGAGGCUCAAAAAGGACACAAUCAGUUUGGGGAAGGGAUGGCUAAGGAAGAUGGUGUAGGUGAAGGUGGCUGUGUGACCACUGCCCUCCCCCCUUCCCAGCCUCUAGACAACUCCCUCCCUUACCUGUUUUUGCUAUGGCUGUAAAGGUAUUUUCCCUCUGCCACACUCCAUCAUGCCGCUACCCUGGGAUCCUAUUUUGGGCCUGGGAUGGGUGUACCUGGGGCUGGUCUUAGGAGGGUGCUAGGCCACAGACUGCCUUGUGCCCUCUGGACUCCCUCACAUGGGUUUUUCUGUGUCAUUUCAUAAGACUCUUUGAAGUCCAAUAAAGCAUGUAGGAGAUUUUAACC